AUGGUAACUGCAGCUCCCUGCUGUGGGUUCCUGAAGAUUCAGCUGCCAGCAGCUCAACUCCCACAGAUGGAGGAAAGUCUUAACAGACAUCGAUACUUGAACUCUUUCCCUCACGAAAACUCCACUGCCUUCUAUGGAAUAAAUCAGUUUUCUCAUUUGUUUCCUGAAGAGUUCAAAGCUUUAUAUUUAGGCAGCAAACCUGCCUGGGCUCCCAGAUACCCAGCAGAGGGACAGACACCUAUCCACAACGUCUCUCUGCCAGCGAGAUUUGACUGGAGGGACAAGCAUGUUGUAAACGAAGUGAGGAACCAGAAGAGGUGUGGAGGAUGCUGGGCCUUCAGCGUGGUGAGUGCAGUAGAAUCGGCUUAUGCGAUCCAAGGGAAACCACUCGGUUACCUAAGCGUGCAGCAGGUCAUCGACUGCUCCUUCAGUAAUUACGGCUGCAGCGGUGGCUACCCUUUCGGUGCCUUGAGCUGGCUAAAUACGACACACUUAAAGUUGGUGGCAGAGUCAGAAUACCCAUUCAAGGCAAAAAAUGGCCUGUGUCGCUACUUUCCCCAGUCACAGCCUGGAGUUUCAGUCAAGAAUUUUUCUGCAUAUGACUUCAGCGACCAAGAAGAUGAAAUGGCAAAAGCACUUCUGACCUUCGGCCCUUUGGUUGUGCUAGUGGAUGCAGUGAGCUGGCAGGAUUAUCUGGGAGGCAUAAUCCAGCACCACUGCUCCAGUGGGAAAGCAAACCAUGCGGUGCUCAUCACAGGCUUUGAUAAAACAGGAAAUACUCCAUAUUGGAUAGUGCGAAACUCCUGGGGAAACUCGUGGGGAGUAGAUGGCUACGCCCAUGUGAGAGUGGGAGGUAAUGUGUGUGCCUUAGAUUACCUCAUCUACAAGGACUCUGAACCUAACACAAUGUGUAACCUCACAGUUAGAGCUGCCCUCGGAGACGGAGUGCCAUAUGUGCGGAUUUGA